AUGCCCGGACGACAGGCACACGGAAGGCCGCUCAUCUCUGCCAAGUCGGCGCCCAAGCCACACAAGAAAUCCAGCCAAAAGGUCCGCGCCCGGGCUCUCGACGCCUUUGGAAUCGCCUCCGAACAGUUCCCCACAAAGGAGAAGAAGACACCGCGGUUCCGUGAGAUCAAUGCCGAUGUUGGACGCAAACACAGUCGCGAGGAAGAUGAAGAAGACGAAGACGACGAAGACGACGAGGACGAGGCCCAGUCGAGGAGGAAACGCGUGAAGCCCUCGGCGGCCCCCGCUGGCGAUGACGAGGAGGAUGAAUUCGGCAGCGACAGCGAGGGCAACGAGUGGCGAUACGGUGUCGGCGCCGAUGACGAUUCGGAGCUUGACAGUGACGAGGCGUUUGGAGAAAGCGACGAGGAGGAGUUCCAGGGCUACACAUUUGGCAAGAGUUCGAAGAAGAAGACCAAGAAGACCAAACAGGACGAUUCUGACGAUGACCACCCGUUCGACGACCCGGAAGACUUCGACGCCGGAGACGAUGGUGACGACCUCGGAGAAGACGCCAUUGACCUGGCGCAGAUGCUCGAUAUGGCGGAAGACGAGUCGGACGAAGAAGGAGAGGAGGGAGAAUCUGAUGAGUCUGAUUCGGACGAGGACGAUGCGUCCAGCCCACCAUCGUCCGACGAGGACGACGAGGACGAUGAAGAUGUUGAUUCUUCCAAGCUCGAUGCUCUGCAAACCUUCAUCUCUGGCUACGGUGGCGAAGACGACAAGGAGGAUGCUCCGGAUGGAUCAAAGCCCCGCCAGAAGAUCAGCUUCAAGGACCUCGGCCUCGCGGGCGUCAAAGACCCGCAGAUGAAGAAAUCCAUGAAGCUCAUGUCCAAGGAGGAGAAAGAAGCCCGCCCAGGGGGCGCUAAGAAACUUGCUAUUCCACUCGGCAAGCGCCAGCAGGACAAGCUAAGCCGUGCUGUUGCGUACGACAAGACAAAUGAGACUCUCGAUCGCUGGACCGACCGCGUGAAGCAGGAUCGUCGCGCCGAGCAUCUCGUCUUUCCCCUGCCCGAGAACGCGCAGGAUGCGGGCCUCAACCACGACGAGCUGGCGCCCAUCACGUCCAAGACGACAGGCAACGAGCUGGAGCAGACCAUCAUGAGCAUCAUGGAACAGAGCGGCCUGGCGCUGAACAAAGAGGAGGAGAAGCGCAUCAAGGCCAAGGACAACCCGAACGAGGGUCUCUCAAAGGAGGCGCUCCAGGAGCUCGUCAACCAGAAGCGCCAGGAGAAGGAGCUACGCUCGCGCGAAGCCAAGCGCAACAAGCGCAUCAAGAAGAUCAAGAGCAAGGCGUAUCACCGUGUGCAUCGCCGGCAGCGUGAGCGCGAUGAACUCAAGCUUCACGAGGCCAUGGCGGAGGCGGGUGAGAUCGACUCGGAGGAGGAACGCGAUGCGCAGGACCGCGCGCGCGCCCUCGAGCGUGUUGGCGCUCGUCACCGCGACAGCAGGUGGGCCAAGGCCGGCAACUCGAACAAGCGUGCUGUGUGGGAUGACGACUACCGCUCCGGCCUUCACGAUAUGGCCCGUCGUGAGGAGGAACUACGACAGCGCAAAGAGGGCCGCGCAGGUAACGCUUCGGAUGAUGAUGACGACGAAUAUUCCGACAGCGGCUCCGAGGACGGCAAGAACCGAGACCUCUUGGCUCAGCUCGACAGGGCAGAGAAGUACGACGAUGAUGAGCCCAAGUCUGCUCUCAUGAAGAUGAAGUUUAUGCAGAAGGCCGAAGCUGAACAAAAGGCCGAGAACGACGCCAUGAUUGCGCAGAUCCGCAAGGACCUUGCCUCCGAUGCCGAGGACAUGUCCGACGAGGAGGUCGAGGAGAUUGGUCGCAAGAAAUACGGCGGUGAACAGUCUUCCAUCUCCGCGCCAGCCUUGACGGCUGCCCGCGAGAAGAAGCGUGCCGCCGCUGCGACAGCCGCCGGGGAAGACAACGACGCUCCUUCUGGGAAAGCCUCCCGCCCCAAAGCCGACGCCGCAUCCCUCAACAUCGGCACCUCCAUCACAGCCGACGGUACUGCCCUGAAGAGCGACGCCUGGUCCUCCAAUGAACCGCGCCGCAAGAACAAGAAGCACGCGCCCGUCGUCGACACGAUCAGCACGACCGAUAUCAUCAAGGCCGGCUCCAAGCGCGUCUCAAAAUCCACCAAGACAUCGGCGGGCGGUACCGAGAUGGACGUUGACGGCGACGAUGCGGACCUUCACCUGCCCCUCGCCAUCCGCGACGUUGACCAGCUCGAUCGCGCGUUCGCCGGUGACAAUGUCGUCGAGCACUUUGCGGCCGAAAAGGCCGAGAUGGAGACCGAGCAGGACGACAAGGUCAUCGACGAGACGCUGCCGGGCUGGGGCAACUGGGUCGGCGACGGCGUGUCAGCGCGCGACAAGGCGCGGCACAAGGGCAAGGUGCUCCGCAAGGUCGAGGGCAUCAAGAAGGCGAACCGCAAGGACGCCAAGCUCGAAAAGGUCAUCAUCAACGAGAAGCGUAUCAAGAAUGCCUCUUUCGGGUACCAGCCGCGAACGCAGCUAACGGAAACGCAGAACGACAAGUAUCUCGCCUCGCAGCUGCCGCACCAGUUCGAGUCGCGAGCGCAGUACGAGCGCUCCCUGCGCCUGCCCAUGGGCCCCGAGUGGCAGACCAAGGAGUCGUUCCAGGACGCGACGAAGCCGCGGGUGCUGGUCAAGCAGGGCAUCAUUGCGCCCAUGCUGCGGCCGACGCGGUGA